AUGGCCGAUCGACGCAGAAUCAACGGGCCACCCGGUGCCACAUUGCCGCCUGUGUACGAAGUCUCUGGUUCCAAGCAAAGCCGUCGAGCAAGGCCGCCGAACGGUAUUCGAGGACUGUUUCUCAAGACCGGCAUCACGCCCACGGCUUCGGGCUCGGCCUACAUGGAGAUUGAAACCCCUGAGGGUCACGCUAACGCAAGAUCCAAGAUCAAUGGCAUGAAGCUCAUAUGCACCGUCCACGGCCCCCGAUCGCUUCCUCGUUCAGCACCCUUUUCACCUUAUCUGGUGCUCUCAACUCACGUCAAAUACGCUCCUUUCGCUACGCGCCAGCGCAGAGGCUAUCUCCGCGACUCGAGUGAGAGAGAUCUGAGCGUUCAUCUCGACACUGCGUUGCGUGGGGUUAUCAUCGCCGACAGAUGGCCGAAAAGUGGCGUUGACGUCAUCGUCACCGUCAUUGAGGGCGACCAAGAGAGGGAGGCAUCUCAUGCUCAGGGCAACGAAGAGUGGGACAUGAUGAACGUCUUGAGCGGCUGCAUCACAGUUGCUGCUGCUGCUCUCGCGGACGCCGGUAUUGACUGCGUGGACAUGGUCACUGGCGGUGUUGCUGCACUUGUCAAUGGAGACGAUACCGACCCGUCGGCACCAUCAAUCGUCUUGGAUCCCGUAUCCAUAGAGCACGAACGAAUUCUCGCUGCUUGCUGUGUCGCCUACUUGCCCAGCCGCGCCGAAAUCACGAAUCUCUGGGUUAAGGGUCAACUCCCACCGUCAGAUCCCCUACUUCAUACCAAGCUGGUGGGCCGGGCUAUCCAGGCGUCGAAAGGCAGCUACCGUGCUGUUCUGGAAAGGCUCCAGGACAACCAGCCACCGUAUAGCUAA